UAAUAAUAAUAAUGAUUAUUUCUUAAUUGCAUUUCCUUUGCCACCUUUCUCUCGACACCAACGCCCUCCUUAUAUUUCAUUAGCAAUCCUCUCUUUCCUCCCAAUUUCUGAAUCAUCUUCAUUUAUCUUUGCUUCUCUCUCAAUCAACCAAAGCAACACAACCAGAAUAAAUCCGACAUCCAACAACAACAACAAGGAGGAGGAGGAGGAGGAGGAGGAGGAAAUACAGAGACGGCGCGACGUCGUAGCACCCGAUUAAGAAUGCCCCGCGGUCUCUUCCCCUGUUUCGGCGGCAGAUCCGCAUCCUCGGAGCCGGACGCCGCUCCCACGGCCGACCAGGCGGCCGAAGAGGACAGGAGGGCAGGGCCGGUGGUGGCGGAGCUCUUCUCGUCGCAGGGCUGCGGGACGUCGCCUGAGGCGGAGCUGCUCAUGUCGAGGCUGGGGAGGGGCGAUUCCAACCUGGAGGUGCCGGUGAUCGUCUUGGCCUAUCACGUGGAUUACUGGGAUUAUACGGGGUGGAAGGAUCCAUUCGCGUCGAGCCAGUGGACGGUCCGGCAGAAGGCUUAUGUGGAAGCGCUGAAGCUUGACACCAUGUUCACCCCUCAGCUAGUCGUCCAGGGCGCCGCCCAGUGCGUCGCCAACGACCUCGACGCCGUCGUCUCCGCCAUCCGGUCGGCGCCUCGAUUCCCCCUUCCCAAGAUACAGGCAACAUUCCAGAGGACUUCGCCGGAGACGCUGCAAGUCUCCUUGUCCGGCGCCUUGAGGAACAAAGUGGACGACCAAGGCGCCACCGUCAUGGUGGCCCUGUACGAGAGCGGCCUGGUCACCGAAUGCACGACCGGUGCGAACAAAGACCGAGUACUGCCCAACGACUUCGUCGUCCGGAAGCUCGAAAAGAUCUGCUCCGUUAAAGACAUCUCGGCCAAGAAGACGAUAACCGGAACGGCAACUUUCUCGCUGUGGGAAGGCUUCAAUAGCCGCAAGUCUGGCGUGGCCGUCUUCGUUCAAAAUGGCUCUCAUCGUGUCUUCGGUGCUCAGAACUUUCAGCUGCCGGAGAAUCUAUAAUUAAGCUUGACUGAAUUCCGGCGAGUUGGUCCCCAGAUAUUCCGGCCAAUCAAGCAGAGGUUUGAUGUAGAGAUGUGUUCGGGUUCUAAUUAGGUUUAUAGCUUUGAUCUUAAUGUGUUUUGUAAUUUUGUUUGAUUGUAUGUUUGUUGAAGAGAGUAUUCAUUCAUUAGGUGAUAAAAUAAAAUUUAUUGACA